AUGGGUGGACUACUGACAAAUGAAUCCGCGGAGAUCCUCUCUGAACCGCAUCCUUGGCAUGGGGAUUCAAUGGGUGCCAUCUUCCGGGCAAUUGUUGUGCUAGGUGGUUCUCAGGAUGCUCUGAAGGAGACGCGAGUUCAGCUGGAAACCCUCAAGCAUUUGUACUUCUUCGACCAUGGGUUGCGCGAACAGGGUCCAUAUAACCCUCAAAGUGACACUCAACGCAAGAGGCUCUGGUCACAUGAAGACGAUAGUGAAUCACGGCGAGCAGAAGAAAUUAAAGAGUGA